AUGAGACCAUUAAAUGCAGCUGAGCUCUUGAAAUCACGGUCUCAAGACCAUAAACUUGCAAAACCUCAAUUUCUUUCGAAAAAGAAGCGCCUUGAGCUCCAGAGAGCCAAAGAAGAUGAAGAACGAGAAAAAACUGAACUAAAGCGUAAAACCAAUACACUCAAACGAAGUCUGCCAUCAGAACCAGAAACUAUCUUGGACCAAAAAGACACUUCAACAGCCAACAAAAAGCGAAAGAAAAGGUUCAAUUUUGAGUGGGACGACGAAGAAGAUACCUCCUCUCAAUUGGAGCCAAUGAUGGCUUACCCUACAUCGAACAACGACUUUCUACCCGCAGAAGAACACUGGCUGGACAAAAAACUUGAAGAUAUGACAAGCAGGGAUUGGCGUAUUUUCAAGGAGGACUUUAGCAUUACGUGCAAAGGGAACAAUAUCCCCAAUCCGCUUCGUUCGUGGAAAGAAUCUGGAAUUCCAACUACUUUACUAAAUACUAUUGAUCAACUUGGAUACAAAGAACCAACUCCUAUUCAACGAGCUGCGAUUCCCACGGCUUUGGGGCAUAGAGAUGUGGUUGGUAUAGCUGAAACAGGAUCAGGAAAGACUUUGGCGUUCUUAAUUCCCUUAUUAUCAUACUUGUCAGCUAUCGACAAAGACUACAUGGAGGUGGAACAUAAGCAAGAGUCCAACUUGAACAAAGUAUUGGGGUUGGUACUAGCACCGACUCGUGAAUUGGCACUUCAAAUCAGUAAAGAAGCCAAGAAAUUUGCAUCUGUUUUGGGCUAUAACGUUGUCACCAUUAUUGGAGGACAUCAAUAUGAAGAAACGGUAAAGUCCGUUCAAGAUGGGGCUCAUAUUGUAGUAGCUACUCCUGGUCGUCUUAUAGACUCGGCUGAAAAGGGACUUAUUGAUCUCAGUCAAUGCUACCACUUAACUAUGGAUGAAGCUGAUAGAAUGAUCGACAUGGGAUUUGAGAAAGCGUUACAAUCAAUUCUUUCCUUUUUACCUUCGACAUCAAGUUCUGGAUUUGGUUUGGAUAGCACCAUCUUCAAGGUAAAGAGCAGGAUCACCUUGAUGUUCACGGCCACGAUAUCACCGCCAAUCGAAAAAAUCACCAAAGAUUAUCUCCAAACACCUGCCUACCUUUACAUUGGCGACGCAGGAGAAAUUGUUGAUAAUAUUAACCAAAAGUUCGAAUACCUUGGUGAUAAUGUGGAUAGCCAGGAAGAAUUGAAUGCACCUAGAACCAACAAGAUGAUACUGGCGUUGCGACAACAUAUACGUGAAACUGAACAGCCACUAAUCAUUAUCUUUGCCAACUUUAAGCGAACUUGUGAGCUACUCUCGGUAGAGUUAAGCAACCAGAAUGUUGGUUCUAACAUUGUUAUCCAUGGCUCUAAAUCGCAAGAAGCUCGAGAGUCGGCAAUUGCUUCUUUCAGGGAACACAAGGUCAAUGUCUUGAUAGCUACCGAUGUUGCAGCACGAGGAAUCGACAUUCCCAAUGUCAGCUUGGUGGUCAACUACCAUAUGCCCAAGCGAUUUGAUGAGUAUAUACAUAGAAUCGGUCGUACCGGACGAGCAGGGAAAUCCGGUGCUAGCUUGUCAUUUGUUGAUGAUGGAGAUUCGGAGAUCUUGGUGAACUUGAAGUCUUUUUUGAGCAAGGGAACUAAGCGACUCCCAGAUUGGUUGUUACGGCACCCAGCUGUUCAAUCACUAACUCUCAAAGACUAG